UGUUUUAGCCACCAAGUAAGUUAAGCGACAUUUGACGAAAGGGGUCGAUUUUUUCGUGCUGUUAAAGAAGAAACAAACAAAAAAAACUCUUUCAAUCAGUCGCAGAAAUGGGACUGCACCCGCUUGAAUUCAGUGAAUGCUAUCUGGACAGCCCAAGCUUCAGGGAGAAAAUCAAGGCACACGAAGCAGAGCUGGACAAAACUAACAGGUUUAUCAAAGAACUGUACAAGGAUGGGAAGAACCUCAUCAAUGCAACAAAGCAGCUUGGGAUGGCACAGCGAAAGUUUGCCCAGAGCCUGGGAGAGUUUCAGUUUGAGUACAUCGGAGAUGCAAAGACAGAUGAUGAGAAAUGUAUUGAUGAGUCUUUGCAAGAGUUCGCGUCAUUCCUCAAGAACCUUGAAGACCAAAGAGAGCUGAUGAUGAGAAACAUCACGGAAACCUUAAUGAAACCCCUCGAGAAGUUCAGGAAAGACUACCUCGGCACAGUAAGGGCGGAAAGAAAAAAGUAUGAGAAGGAAACUGAGAAGUAUUACAGCUCUCUGGAAAAGCUUCUGAAUAUGUCGGCAAAGAAGAAAGAGCCACAGCUACAAGAGGCAGACGUCCAGGUGGAAAUCAUGAGGCUGCACUUUCAGGAGGAGUCGCUUGACUAUGUGUGCAAACUGCAGGAAAUCCAGGAGAGAAAGAAGUUUGAGUGUGUGGAGCCGAUGCUGGCCUUCUUUCAAACAGUCUUCACCUUUUAUCACCAAGGCUAUGAGCUUGCCAAGGACUUUGACCAUUAUAAAAAAGAACUGCAGAUCAACAUUCAGAAUACAAGGAGUCGAUUUGAAGGCGCACGGUCGGAAGUGUACGAGCUGAUGAAGAGGAUCAGAGAAGCACCUCAAGACUACAGACAGACCAGCGCUAUCAGCUGUGAAGGCUACCUCUAUGUACAAGAAAAACGGCCACCUCCAUUUGGUUCAAGUUGGGUCAAGCGCUACUGCAUAUUUGUCAAAGAGCAGAAAAUCCUGCACAUGGUGACCUUCGAUCACAGAUCUGGUGGGAAAAUUGGUGAGACAGAAUCUAUUACGCUCAAAUCCUGUCUCCGCAAAACGACAGACAUGUUGGACAGGAGGUUCUGCUUAGAACUCGACAUAACAGACCGACCGGGGACAGUACUCACAGUACAGGCCUUGUCUGAGGAUGACCACAAGUUCUGGAUGCAGGCGAUGGGUGGGAAGGAACCUAUUGGAUCAUAUCUUGGGAGGACUUUGUCUAAAGAAAGAGGAAUUGAUGCUCAGCUGGAUGAUGUGGGUUUGGAUUUUGUGAAGUCCUCCAUCAACGCCAUAGAAACAAGAGGUAUUAAUGACCAAGGCCUGUACCGAGUUGUGGGGGUAAGCUCCAAGGUUCAGAAGCUCCUCUCAUUAAUGAUUGAUGAGAAGAGCAACGAAAUAGAUCUGUCUACCAGCGAGGACUGGGACGUUAAGACAAUAACAAGUGCACUAAAGCUUUAUAUGAGGAGCCUUCCUGAGCCGUUAAUGACCUAUGGACUUUACAAAGAGUUCAUCGGCCCUGCGAAGGGCGGUAGUCCAGAGUCUCGCAUCCAAGCCAUCCACUGCCUGGUCCACAAACUACCAGAGAGGAAUCGAGAAGUCCUCGGGCUGCUUAUGAAGCAUCUGGCCAAUGUGGCGGCCCACAGUAAACAGAAUCUGAUGACUGUGGCUAACCUGGGCGUGGUGUUCGGCCCGACAUUAAUGAGGCCACAGGAGGAGACUGUCGCUGCCAUCAUGGAUCUUAAGUUCCAGAACAUUGUUGUGGAGAUCCUCAUCGAACAAAAUGAAAAGAUCUUUGCAGAUGCUCCCGUGUCAUGCCCUCUUUCACCUGCUGCCCCAGUAUUCUCUGCUCCCACAAGGCAGUCCAAGAAGCUGAGUCGACAGAACCGGCCUCUGGCUGUCUACAAUCCACAAGCUCUGGACAUUCAGACUGCAGCGGGAGAUAGUUCCAACCUUGCUACAGAUGAGACAUCAAUGGGCAGCAAUGAGUCUGUUUCAUCCCAGUCAUCAUCAGCCUCUGCGUCUGAGACAGCCACAGAGAAGGGUGACCAUGUCCCACUUGCCACCAGUCUCAGCUCAGGCAACAACUCUGGAGCCUCCACAGCAGCAAUCUCCUGGCCCACUCCUGGAGUGUUAGGAGAGAACCAGCCUGCUGCCACCACCACUGCCUCUGAAAAAGAAAAACCAGAUGAGAGUGUCUCCAGCAGGAAAGCAAAGGCUGUGUACCCAUGUGAGGCUGAGCACGACUCUGAGCUCUCCUUCCAGGUCGGCGCAAUAUUCAACGCUGUGACCUCGUCCAGAGAGCCGGGAUGGCUGGAGGGGGAGUUGGAGGGAAAGCGGGGCCUCAUCCCUGAAAACUAUGUGGAGUUUCUGUAGCCUCCAAAUUGAAAUAUUUAUGGACAUAUUAUCACCUCUACCAGGAAAAGAAUCCGGGAAUGCACGUGCCUCAACUCUGAAAUUCACAGUAGGGCUUUGUUUAUCCAAACCCAGCACUUCUCUCAAGCAAGUGACAAUGAGUCUUAACUGGUGGACUAUUCUUGAUGGAGGGGGGGAGAAAAAAAAGUAUAUGUAUUUUGGCCAGACAGUUGACUUUGUGAUGCAUGUGCAAGCAUGUUGCUUUGUUUGAGUUUAUUUACUUUGGGCUAGUUUUCACAUGAAUUUCAGCAUUUUUAUUACAAAAUGGGUCCACACUUACAACAUUCUGCUGUAUAAAGAGAUGCUGUAACCUCUAAACAUCCAGGUAAGUUUGUAACAGCACCAGAAAGUCAAAAGCCUCACUCCCCUCUCUAUACCCAGUUAUACAUGGUAUCCAUGCGCUCCCAAAUCAAACAUCACCCUCAGAAGCCAUUAUGGUUUGAUGUCAGCACUUAAAUCACUGUAAUCAAUUUUUCUUAAGACUUUUUUGCACCAAAUCCAACAGCUUUUGACCCUCCUGACGAUGAUGCAGAGACGAGAUUUCUGCUCAAAGAUUAGAGAUACCUUCGUGCCUUAUCCACCAGAACAGCUAAAAUGUAAAUGUAUGUACGGGUAUAUAUGAAAAUGAAUUGGAGUGUUACUGCUUUCACUUAUAAAAUGUUGCAUAUUUCAUAUUUGCAUAUUUAGAUAUGCAAAAUGAGGCACAUUGAUGUUGUAAUUUUGUUAUAUUUAAUUGGCACAUCGAUUGCAUGACUUUUUAAUUUUAAACACACUCUGUACUGUUUUGUUUGAGGCACACAGAAACAUAGCAAAUAGCCUCAUUGGUGCCUGAUGAAUGUCUUGUGUUAAACACUAGCAACAUACAGAGCCAACAGAGGUCAGUUUUAAUAUAUAGCGAUGAUUGAAACCUUGUGUUUUUCCUGUAAAAUGAUCUGUCUUGUGUUUUUGUUUGUAAAGCCCGUCUUUAAACGUUGCUCAGUUUCUUCUGAGCAGAGAAAUGAGACACUCCCACAAGUUGAAAUUUUAGCUUAUCUGUAUUUUAUCCUCAACUUCAGUGGAAUAAGUCAUUAGAUAAUAAAUCAAAAUUUAUUAUCAAAAAUACACACAAAAUGCAGUAUUUAAAAGUUUAACAUCCGUUCUUUGUGUAUAACCUAAUUAAGAGUUUUGAACACCAAGUAUAUUUUAAAUUUCUCCGUUAAAUGUUGGCCAGGUUUUUAAGUUGGUAUAUUUCAUUUGGAAUGGUUUUAGCAUGUAUGCACCUCUUGCAUUACAAUUCUUCCCUCGGCUGUCCAACGAUACACUUUAAUUUUUCUAAGAGCUUUUAUUCAGCUGAUUGUUUGUGUUUUCAAUGGCAGUUGCAAUAAUUUAAGACAUUGAUUCAUGAUAUUUUUAAAGGGCCUUGACUUCACUUUCAUUUAUGCCUUUGGGUAUCUUCUUGAUCAAUGUUAAACAAAUAAAGAUUUUUUUUUUUUUGUU